CCAUUUUCCCUUUGUCUCUUUUGUCUAUCGCUCUGUCAAUCUAUUCCAAUAAUCAGCCCCCUGUGCGUCGCAAGACUUUAUUGAAAAAUGUCUCGGAGAUUAUUACGAUUCGGUCGAACUGAGGCGUUAUCAGCCCAACGAAAAGAUACUCUAAACGACACGCGAAGCGUUAUCAUUGACCUCUCGACUACUCUGACUAGUGGCGAGGCAUGAAUGAUCGAUUAUCGAUAUUUCCCCGUUGGAAUCCGUGGUAAAGAAUCGAUUAUUAAAGUUUUCGUUGCGAACACCCUGUUCAUCGAUCCAUUUCCAUAGGUUUAAAUGACAGAUCAAUCUUUAUCGCAGCGCACGCCACGCCAUUGACUCUGACCUUGUAUCAGCCGCUUCCAUAAUCAAAGCUACGCCAGUCAACGGUUAACGCUUGACUGUAUUGUGAUUAACUCGCAAUUUUCUACAUUUUUACAGCCGUCCCUCCGUUUUUUAACCCUUUGUGCCGUGUUAUUUCCACUCAGUGAUGCCUGACAGUGACCACGCAUCUCAUUCGAGGAGAAGGCUCCCUCGGUGGUUCAUACAGGUCAGUCUCGGAUUCACAGCUAUGAUAAUCGUUUUGCUAGCAUGCUUACCGUUGAUUUCCUCGAAGACAGCCUACGCCCCCGAAGUGCUCAACUACUGCAUCGAUGGCAAAUAUCACAAAAAGCUGCCAGGCCCGGAGCCGGGUUUGUACGGCGAGUGUUCUCCGUGGGCGAACCGAGCUUGCUGCCAUUCGAAAACCACGUACAACGCUCACCACCAGAACUCGUAUCGCUUCAAUUGGGACCACUGCGGGCACGUGAAGAACAUGUCGGAUCUCUGCAGAGUGCAUUUCCUGAUGGACGUGUGUUUCUACGAGUGCUCGCCGAACGUCGGGUUUUGGGUCGUCAAGGAAACCAGAGGACGAAAGUACCAGGAGCGGUUCUUCGGGGUGCCUCUGUGUAGAAGCGACUGCGACUCUUGGUUCGAUGCCUGCAGGAACGACUACACUUGCGGAGCCAAUUGGGGGCAGAUAUUCGACUAUAAGAAUGGGGUUAACUAUUGCAGGGAGGGCUCUCAGUGCCGGACCUUCCAUGAGGUCUAUGGGAAUUCGACCAACUUCUGUCAGAAGGUUUGGGAUCAUUCGUGGAAGGUGACGCCCAACGAUCAGCCGUGCAUGCGGAUGUCUUUCAACAACUCGAUGGACAACCCCAAUGACCGAGUGGCGUGGUAUUAUGUGUACAAAGCCAACGGUUCGACGAAAGGUAAUGGGUCUGCUUCCCUCAUCUGCAGUUUCAUUUUAGCCUUGCUGUUUUUAUAUUUUCAGUCCCAACGUCAACGGUGAGUCUCCAAUCAUUCAUGAGCGUCUACAGUUAUUUUCUAUAGAGCCCGUGAUAUUCAUCUUUUGAUUUCAGAUAACUGAGGACACUAUUGUUUUUGUGCUAUCAACAUAGAGUACAUAGAGUCGCAAUGUAAACGGGAGAGCUGGCGGUAUGCUCUUGUCGACGAGUUCCGAGCCCGGUGUGCGCCGAGCUUCUGUCACUUUUUCUAUCCAAAAUGGUGACGUAGCAAACGCAAUACUUCCUGUCCUCUUAGUUUACAUCGGAUGGCUGGGUCCCCGUGUAUCGAAAACAAUUGAUCAUGUAUCGAAAAAGUAACCCGGCGUGACACAGGAGUCUCAGAUUUCGGGAUCUGGAAAAUGAUUGAAAGCAGCGUCAGCUCUCCCAUUUACAUUACGACUCUAUGUACCUUAUGGCUGUGGAAAACGCCGUAAGAACAUUGAAAUGUUGCUAAAUUUCCUAUGGUAAAAAUAUUAUGUAGGAAGAAAGUUAAGCAUAAUUUCUUUUUAAAUUUUCAGAUAUAUCAGGUUGAAUUGCGAAAAAAAUUAGUGAGAAAAUUGUGUCUGAUAAGGGAUAGUUCUUACUAUAUCAUUUUUGACUUUCCCGCUCCCCUAGUUUUUGUGGGGCAUUUUUGUUCUCAUAAAAAUUUUGGCUUUGAUUUGAGCUGAGAAUACAAUCGAACGCACUUGUACUAAAAUGAAAAGAAAAAAAAUCUUGAUUUAAAGACGUCCAAUUUACAUACGCAUUGAUGAUUAUAAGGAAUUUACGGUGUAUCAGGUGUAAUUUCAUAUUGAAACUCCAUUUUACAUUCCAUUCCAUUUACUCCAAUUUACAUACGCAUUGAUGAUUAUAAGGAAUUUACAGUGUAUCAGGUGUAAUUUCAUAUUGAAACUCCAUUUUACAUUCCAUUCCAUUUACUCCAAUUUACAUACGCAUUGAUGAUUAUAAGGGAUUUACAGUGUAUCAGGUGUAAUUUCAUAUUGAAACUUCAUAAAAACAUUUAUUUUUUUCUCAAAACAAA